AUGUCGCUGAACAACAGUCAAAUCAACAACAAAACAUUGCCCAGACUGCCCUUGGACAAAUCACCUUUGCUUUCAACCAAGGAUGCAGAGCAAGGUGGAGCCAAAACCCAACACCGUAACCCGCGCCUCCCGUCCAAAGAUGUCUACCUCAGCCUGGCUAUGCUCCUGUGCUUCAUCCUCUCCCUCCUGACAGUCUUCUACACGCCCCUCGCCAUCUGCCUGGGCCAGAUCAAUCAGCUCGUGCUGAUCGGUUUUCUCGUUGCUGUAAUGGGCAUGUGUCUUGAAGGCCAAAUUCUUCGCACGGCACUCAUGGCAUGCGGAAAGCGCCAGGGAACCACGCUGCAGGACCUUGACGCAUUGAUGCGCAAGGAUCCAUUUGCGGACCACGUCGACUGGGUAUAUCGCGUGCUAUUGUUGAUUAUAUUUGGUCUGCCAUUGCUGCUCAGCGUCGGAUACAAACAAUUCAUUGGUGGGAGCAGCACGAUUCUUGUCCACGAAGGUCCUGGAUUCUUCGGGUUCGCGGCGCCACCUGGCAUGCAGCGGAUUGGGGAUGGUCUCUCACUGCUGUCACAGGUUUACGUGCCGUUCUGGACCGACCCGGGAUUGAAUCGAACGUAUGGAUUCAACUUGUUCAUCGCGGGCGACAACAAGACAGCCGCCAUGGUAGACUCGCCCUUCCCUUCCUACCUGACAGAUGUCCAGAGCAGGCUCAAGAACGGGGAGACGCUGACAAUGUCGACGACCGUCAAUGCCACCGUGUCGGAGAUCAAUGAGAUUUCAGACGAGGAUAGGAACAACGAGACUUUCUGGUCUGAUGUGGCCGAGCAGUUCGGUCACGAAUACACCAUUAAUGGUGGCAAUGUCCGCGGUGCCAACAAUGCGCUCUGGGCUGGCAUGAGUGGUAACUUUCUGACCAAUUUCACGACCAUGUACUUCUCGGCUUGGAACACGACGAGCAACGAAACCUUCGAGUCUGAAGCCAUUCGCACCGAGCAGACGCGUCGCAUCGCCAACGUUACGUGGGUCAUUUCUCCCUCCAACAUUACGCUGACCGGCGCAAAACUCAUCAAGACCGGCACGGUGGUGAACCAGACCGUGAUUCAGAACAACGCCAUCGGCCUCCAAGAAGCAUUCAGCAAUUUCCUUGGCGAGUAUGACUGGCACAACCGAGCCGGGGCCUUCGACUACCCAUACCCCAUCUCUUCGGAUAGCGAUCCUGUGUUCGCGCAGCCUGUCAACACCGUGCCGGCUCUGGCGGCGGCAAUGGCGUGGGCUCGAAUAUCCAGUCUUAACACCAUUGUCCGUCCCCAGGGGAUACAAAACGCGGAAAUCCGAACAUUGACCGGCUACGACAAGGAUGAAGCGGACAUUGUAACCAUCAAGACGGUGCCGACCCUGAGGAGACACCCGCUACUGAUCCUGCUGUUGGCAGUCAAUCCGCUCCUAUCGUUCAUCUGUGUGGCCAUUAAAGGGUGCAUGCUCCACACCAGCCCAGUCAGAGACGGGUUCAGCAGCAUCUCUCUUCUCGCGGCCUCCAGAGACGCGGGUUUCAUCUCGUUCAAGGACGCGGCCAACCUCACAGCUCGACCGAAGCGACCUGUCGCCGUGAACUUUGCAAUCGAGAAGGGCUGA